UCACUUCCCUCCUCCCAAAACCUUAAUCCAGCACCAUUCUUUUUCUCUCUCCACCUAUGGCUGCAACGUCAAAUAUGGAGAACGUCGAAAACAUCCGCCAGGCACAAAGAGCUGACGGGAUGGCAACCAUCAUGGCCAUCGGAACUGCUAGACCUCCCAAUAUCAUCAUGCAAGAUGAUUUCGCUGACUUCUACUUUCGGGUCACCAACAAUGAGCAUAAAGUUGAGCUGAAGAAGAAGUUUGCUAACAUUUGCAAAAAAUCAAUGAUAAACAAGCGAUACUUUUACCACAACGAGGAGUUCUUGAAGAAGUAUCCAAACAUAUGCUCAUUCAGCGAACCAUCACUCAACGACCGGCAGGACAUUUGCGUGCCUGAGGUACCAAAGCUGGGGAAAGAAGCGGCACUCGAAGCCCUUAAGGAAUGGGGGAGGGACAAGUCCCUGAUCACCCACCUAGUUAUGUGCACUUCCUGCGGGGUCGACAUGCCAGGCGCUGACUUCAGGCUAGCCAAGCUCCUGAACGUCAACCGCUACAUGGUCUACAUGCAGGGCUGCUACGCUGGAGGCACGGUGCUUCGCUACGCCAAGGACCUCGCUGAAAACAACAGGGGCGCGCGUGUGCUUAUCGUGUGUUCAGAGCUGACCAUAAUAGGGUUCCGCGGUCCCAAUGAGAACGCUAUUGACAGCGGCAUAGGAAACUCAUUGUUUGGUGAUGGGGCGGCGGCGUUAAUUGUCGGUUCGGAUCCUGUCAUAGGCAUUGAGAAGCCGAUAUUUGAGAUCGUGUCUGUCAAGCAAAGGAUUAUUCCGGACAGUGAAGAGGUGAUCCACCUACAUCUGAGAGAGGAAGGCUUAACUUUCCACCUGACCAAGGACAGUCCAGACAUGAUAGCGAACAAUAUCGAGCAGUGCCUUGCUGAUGCAUUCGCGCCGGUGGGGUUGCCCUCCGACUGGAACUCCCUGUUCUGGAUUCCGCACCCUGGUGGUCGGGCGAUACUCGACAGAGUGGAGGAGAAGCUGAACCUUCGUCCUGAAAAGUUUGGAGCAACUCGACGAGUUCUGUGGGACUAUGGGAACAUGAUCAGUGCAUGUGUUCUCUAUAUACUAGAUGAGAUGAGGAAGAGUUCUUUAGCCGAGGGGCUGGCGACGACCGGAGAGGGGUUCGAAUGGGGCGUGCUGCUAGGUUUUGGGCCUGGCAUGACUGUUGAGACUAUUGUUCUUCACAGUGUUCCUAUAAUUAUAGACAAGGAGGCGGAUUCAGUUCAGAAGUGAGUUCAGCGUUGGACAUGAAGGAGCAUCGUUAUCAAUCAAGGUCUUCAGCAAUAAAUUUAGGCAGUGAAGAACAUUUUCCUGCUGCUAGCUCUCUCGUUAUCUUGACAGGGAUCAAGAUUUCAUUAUUUUGAUAAUUUAGUUAUCUUUUGUGUCAGUUAGUCGAAUCUAUUUAUAUUUGUCGAGUUAAUUAAAUAGUUUUGAAUCUAUUUUGGUUGAACCUUGCAAUCCUAUUUGUAUUAGUUGGUCUAUCAA